AUGCUCCGCCAGGAGUUCGGUCGGGUGAUGUCCCAGUUCCUUCCAGGACGCCACGCCGACGACUGGAACGCCGAAGGACUGAUCGACGACCUCGGCCAGAUCUGCGACCUGCCGCCUGAACUGUCUCACGAGGACCAGGUCUACCGGUAUAGCCGCGAGCAGGUGGAAGGCAUCCUGUCCGACCACGCCGAAUCUGCAUGCGUCGCCAGGGAAGAGGAGCAUCUAACCGCCAUGGAGAACCUCAGGACGGGCAUCGGCCUGCACGCCUACGGACAGCGCAACCCCCUGGAUAUGUACCGCGCCGAAGGCCAGAAAAUGUUCUUCGAACUGCAGAACCGCAUCCAGCGCGACGUGGUGCGCACUCUGUUCCACGUCACUGUAGAUCCGGUCCAGGCCGACGCCGUCACCAGGAACGCCACCCGCGGCCGCCGCAACUCCGUCGGCGACAGCCCGAUGAAGGCCGGAACGGCUCCAACCGCAACGCCACAGCCCGGCGGCACCGGCAAGGUCGGUCGCAACGCCUCCUGCCCCUGCGGCAGCGGCCGAAAGUACAAGCGCUGUUGCGGCAAAGCCGCUUAG